AAACAGACUUGGAUUAGAGGAAUCAGAACUGAUAUGUGUCUUCUUGGGUUGGAUGAGAGUAUGACUUUGGAGAAAGCAAAUUGGAGGGCGCACAUCCGUGUGGACGAUUGAUGUCUUUUCUACCUUUCCUCUCUUUUUUAUUUUAUCAUUUAUCUUAUUUAUCUUUUUAUAUCUUAUGUUAUUUUUAUCUUCUAGUUUUUUAUGUUUUUUUAUUUUUUAUCUUUUAUCUUUCUUAUAUUCUUGUUUUAUUGUUAUCUUAUAUUUAUUUAUCUUUAUUUUAUUCGUUUUAUUUUACUUUUUUUCUUCCCCUUCUUGUCUGUCUUCUCUGUUUGUCAUCUAUAUUAUAGAUCGAUUCAUGUUAUCUGACCCUAAUUUUUUUUGGGAUUAAGGCGUGGUUGUUAUUGUUGUUUCCUUUUCUUGUCUCUUUCUUUUUUCUCCUUUCUCUUUCUCUUCUCCUUUCCUCUUUCUAUCUUCUCUUCUGCACAGGCCCUCUGUAGACUUCUUCCCAGUAGCACUGCCGGCCACCGCCCUUGCGCUGGCCACUACAUUCUGCACACCGAACUCACUCCAUGCGCCAUCUUCCUUCUUCAAUUUCUUGUAUCCCACAGAUGCCCUUUCAAAUAGGGGGGAUUCAAGGUUUGUCUUCACCGCCGAUAACUGCGCCUACCACCGUCGGGAAGUGCGGCGGCCAUCUCUGGUGACUGCGGCCGUUGCUAGAGUUCGCCGAUUUCUGGAGUAAAGUGAAGGGCGACACUGUAGCGAUAGAGUGUAGUGAAGGGCGUGCGUCUGGGUGCGGUGAAGUCUGCCGGCGGCACAAGUGUGGUGGACUUCUGGUGGGCGGCGGUGAUGCUUGGAGAAGGUCGUGACAUGGGGCGAGUGUUGAAGAAAGAUGGAAGAGAAGAAGAGGUCGUGACCUGGGGCGAGCGUAGAAGAAAGAGAGAAGAGAAGAAGAAAAGAGAAAAAGGAAAGAAAAAAGGAAAAAGAAAGAGAAACAGAAAAGGGAAAAGAAAAAAAUUGCAACGUAGGCUACCACGCGGGUUGUUAACCGGUAAACCGAGAUUCUACCGGGUUCUAUCACUUCAAACUUCAACCACCACAUUGAUGUAACUCGCCAGUUAUACUUUAUAAUCUUCCAUAGCUCUCCAUCAACCCGAAUCAAACUGCAAAGCCGUGCUCUGGGGAGUUUGGCCAAUGGCGACAACUGCUUUGGUUUACUUAUCAGCUCCGCUGGUGUCAGCUAGAAUUAUCACUUCAUCAACCGCCUCCGUGGAUGACAAACCGGAUCGUUUUAUAGAGAAAAAUGAGGUGGACUUACGGACCAACAUUCUAGCUUGUCCCAUUUGCUAUGACCCCUUCAUUUGGAAUGGUGAUUCACAACCAUCCAAAAAUUAUGUUUCUCAGCCCACUUUAGAGUGUAUAACUUGCCGAAAGGCAUACUCCGGCAAUGAUACACAUCUUGACUUGACAAUUGCUAGUGGUGGCAAGGCUUAUGGGGAAACUCUUGCAGCUUCUACCGAGCUUUUUAGGAUUCCUUUGGUAUCCUUUCUUUAUGAAAGGGGUUGGCGGCAAAGCUUUUCUUUGUGGGGUGGUUUUCCAGGCCCAGAAAAAGAGUUUGAGUUGAUGAAAGAGUAUCUUAAGCCAGUCAUGGGUGGAAAUAUCAUUGAUGCUAGCUGUGGGAGUGGCUUGUUUUCAAGACAGUUCGCCAAGAGUGGAUUGUUUUCUCUUGUUGUUGCUUUGGACUUUUCAAAUGCCAUGUUGCAGCAAUGUUAUGAAUUCAUCAAGCAAGAGGAGAACUUUCCUAAGGAGAACAUAGUAUUGGUUAGAGCUGAUAUCUCAAGACUUCCAUUUGCAUCAAGCUGUGUGGAUGUUGUGCAUGCUGGUGCUGCCUUGCAUUGUUGGCCGUCACCAUCGUUAGCGGUAGCCGAGAUAAGUCGUGUAUUACGGCCUGGGGGGCUAUUUGUUGCCACGACUUACGUUGUGGAUGGCAUCUAUUCACUUAUCCCAUUCUUGAGACCCUUCCGUCAUAAUUUCGCUCAAGUAUCGGGAAGUCACAUAUUCUUGAAUGAGAACGAACUUGAAGAUCUAUGCACUGUUUGUGGGCUUGUGAGGUUUAAGUGCAUCAGGAAUGGACGUUUCAUCAUGUUCUUUGCCAUGAAGCCUAGUUGAUCAUUUUGGCUAUCGGUUUGUUAAACUAUUGUACAAUAAAGAAAAUAUUAUAUGAUGACAAAGCCCAUUGGAGUUCCAAUCACCAUCACAACCUUUGAUAAAGAUGAUGGUUAUUUCUGUUUGGAACAACAAUGAUUUGGGUGUCCUUGAGAACCACUAGUAUAUAUGUACAACACAAGCUAGGAUAGAAUAACAUAUUCAUUCUAAAGAUCUAGCCAGAACACACAUACUCGUUAUGUACUCUUUAAGUGUAUGCUUUACUGAAAUCAGAGUAAUCGUACCCCAACUCAGUAUAAUAAAAACAAACUAGUGAUGGUGAAAAUUAAUUAGCAAAAACAAAAAAUC